CCUCUCCGGGAUCAGGGGGGAAAACGCUCAAGCGAGGCGAGAAGCACCAGCGACUGCAGAGCAGGAUCAGAAGACUUGGACAUUACACGCAGCCCACAGGCAGCCGGUGCGCGGUGAACGGAGCGGGAUCCAACGGACUCAAUACACUUUAUUCCAGCAGCAGAGAGGAGUGGGAAGAAAACCAAAAAGUUUGUUGAAAUGCAGUCAGUGUACCAGCACCUGAUCAGCCUGCUGUUUGUCUUCAGCAGCCUGCAGGUUAACCAGCUGACGGAGGGCUGCUCGUGCGCUCUGACGCACCCGCAAGACGCCUUCUGCAACUCCGACAUAGUGAUUCGAGCUAAAGUGGUGGGCAAGAAGCUACUGAGAGAUGGACCUUUUGGGACGAUGCGCUACACGGUCAAGCAAAUGAAGAUGUACAAAGGAUUCGACAAAGUCCAGCACGUGCAGCACAUUUACACGGAUGCCUCAGAGAGUUUGUGCGGCGUUAAGUUUGACAUCAACAAGUACCAGUACCUGAUCACAGGUCGAGUGUACGAUGACAAGGUCUACACGGGGCUGUGCAACUUCAACGAACGGUGGGAGCGCCUCUCAUUGGCCCAGAAGAAAGGCAUCAACCAUCGCUACCAGCUGGGCUGCAACUGCAGGAUUAAGCCCUGCCACUACCUGCCAUGCUUCGUGACCUCAAAGAACGAGUGCCUAUGGACGGACAUGCUGUCCCACUUCGGCUAUCCUGGCUACCAGUCCCGGCAUUACGCCUGCAUCGCGCAGAAGGAGGGCUACUGCAGCUGGUACCGGGGCAUGACCGCACGUGACAAAACCACCAUCAACGCCACCGACCCCUGAACCCCAAAGCACCCUGCCAGAAAUCCACUGCCAUCUCCCUGACUCCGUCCCAUCCCGAUCACUUCUAGAGUAUUACAGGACUCUUUAAGCUCACUGGCCUGGGUGACAGCCUCUUUAAAUGGGCAAAAAAAGAGAAAAAAAUUGAAUCCAUUACAGUGCCUGUUUCGUAGCACUUCUAGUAGAAAACAAUACCUUUUUUGUUGUGCAGAUCGCCCUUGUUUGACUCUAUUAUCAUUUUCCUAAACCACGAAUCAAAAAGUCCUUGCUCCAAACUAUUUUUUAAGGGUUCUGUGGCGUUAACAAGGUGACAAAUACCUACUUUUAAAAGACCAAUAAGCAGUGUAAGACUUUGAUGGGAUCUUCAUAACUGAAGAACUAAUUCCCAUGACAUCCAGUGACCUGUACACAAUUAAAAGUAUCAGUAAGUAUCAUUGGUGUUAAUUAGUGAACCUAAGUUAGCCUACUGCUAGUAUUCUGGUAAUUUUGUGAAUUGCAGUCUAUAUUUGAUAAAGCAAGGACUCUAAAGGUGAUGAUGUACAAAAGUACAGCCAGUGAUCACUAAUCCGAGACGUAAAGGUGUUACACUGUUGCUAAGACUCAGUUCUGCACAUCACCAAUACAGAGCAGAGCCAAGAAUCUUUUCAACAUUACAGACCGAGUGCCAAUGUGAGGUAUGACCUCUGAGAGUUAUACCUCCUUAUUUUGGCUUCAGAAAACUUUUUUGAAAAUGGUAUUGUUUUACAGUGAAGUAUACAUCGAUUAUGUUCAGUUUUUACUGUAACAUGUGUCUUUAUGGAUGGUAGUAUCUCUGCUUACCUGAAUGUUUGCAAUGUAACUCGUUUUGCAGUUAUAUCACAAACAACGCCCUUUCUGUUAAGCACUGAUUGACAGAUCAGAAAUGCUACAAAUGUCUGUUUGUUACAGUGCCAACGCAGGGAAGAGCUCACUUCUAGCAGAGAUGGUGAUAUUUUAUUUUUUGCUGUAUAUAACAUAAGCUACAGAAAUGAACUAUCAACUCAGCUGAAACCUCUAUAAUUCAUUUAUUUAUAUGUUUAUUGGAUUACACAGUAACCAUGUACUAUAUCUGCAAAAAAAGAAGAAGAAAAUAUAUAUAAUAACAGGUCAAAACUACAUUGUGACAACCAUCACAGCCUGUGUAACCUUCCAGAAUGAAGUACCAGCAUCUCCAAUGGUAUUGUACUUAUGGUACUGUUUUGUUAGCUUGAUCAUAGAUACCCCGACUGGUACUUUCCACCAAUCCAAUGAAAGUCAAGUAUAAGCAGAGGUUUCAGAAUAUGAGAUAUUUUGUAAGUGUAUAUUCAAUCUUUUUGUAUUUAACUAUUUCAAAUGGAUAUAUAUAAAUGAAAGUAACAAUAUUGUCACUAAAUUCAUUUUCUUCACCUGUUCCCUUCUAGGGAUUUUUUCUUAUUUUUUCCCAGUGCUGUACCUUCAGUCCAUUCCAUUAACAGACACAGAUUUGCCUCAUUGGGAGUAAUGGCCCCAUCACCACUAAUGCUAAAAGAAUAUUGCAUCGCUGACGCAGGCAGCGCUUAGGACACCAACUGUGGCUUCGACCAAAUUGGUUGUUUUCAUAUUUGCUUUCUUGCGUAGAGUUAGAUGAGAAUAUUAAUACCACUCUUAUGUCUGUAUGCUAAAUAUGAAGCUAAGCCAGCAGCAGGUUAGCUUAGCUUACAGUGGCAUAAAGACAGGGAAUGGCUAACUUGGUUCAACUCAAAUGUAAGAUUAUUUCCCUACCAGCACCACUACAGCGCACCAAUUAUCACCUUAUAUCUCCUUUUAUUUGUACAAACAUCAAAGUGUUGAGAUAUUACGAGGAAUUCUGUGUUGGACUGUUUCCUGGCCAGACGUGAUGACUUCCUGGAGUCUUACGGUUCUUACACUUUGGUUUUUGAAAGGAUUAAACAAGCAAGUGUAACGUGUUAAUAAGUGAGCUUUAGAGAUGCUGGUAAGCAAUUUUUUUUUUUACCUUUGGACUGAGCCAAGCUAGUUGUUUCCAGCAUUUAUGCUAAGCUAUGCUAAUCAUCUUGUGGCUGUAGCCUUGUAUUUAACGGAGAAUCAUGAGCGGUACCAAAAUUCUCGUCUAACUAUUCGCAAGAAAGCGAAAAAGCUUGUUUCAACUUUAAAUUCAUCUCCAUUCCAAAAUGACAGAAAUGUGGUGUUUUAUUCAUGUGAAAGCAGCCUCGGAUCAUAUCAGAGGAGGAAGACAACAAUGGCUCGUAUCUGUUACUCAAGUAUUUGAUUUCAGUGGCGUUAAUCUUCCAUGUUUAAUUUUGCAACACAAGCACUCAGCUCUUACCAAAAUAUCCCUCAAUCCAUCUUAACUAACUUAACUAACUAAUCGGCCUCCUUCAUAAUGAAUAUAUGGCUUGAGUAUGCAACACACAGACUAAUGAUUAGUCAUCAUUUUGUUUUUAAGAAGUUACAAGAAAAGUGAAUAGUUAUUGAACUUCAAGGGACAAUCUCCUAUCUGUCUUUAUAUGUGAUGACGAGGCUCUUUCUCCAACUGUGGCAUUUCUGUGUCACUAUUUCUGUGGUUCAUGUUUGUGUAAAUAUACUGUCUGCUUAACACAGAAACACUUGGUCAAGUUUGAUCCUUUAAAACAAACAAAAAAAACAGAACAAUCCAAUCAAGGAAGCUGUGUACAGUCUGAAUCCUGAAGUGUGUGUGGGGGGAGGGGUGUUUCCUUGUAGGGGUUAUAGAAAUGUUUGACUUAAUUUCUGUGUUUUAUAUUUUUAUAAUAAAGAUUUAAUGAAAAACGGGC